AAUAAUAUAUGAUGAUUCCAAAACUUACGAUUUGGUUGCUGCUGCAAGCAAAGUCCUCAAUCUCAAUGCUGGAGAAAUCCUUCAGAUGUUUGGGAAGAUGUUUUUUGUCUUUUGUCAAGAAUCUGGUUACGAUACAAUCUUACGCGUUCUGGGAUCCAAUGUCAGAGAAUUUCUACAGAAUCUUGAUGCUCUGCACGACCACCUUGCUACUAUCUACCCAGGUAUGCGUGCACCUUCCUUUAGGUGCACUGAUGCAGAAAAAGGCAAAGGACUCAUUCUGCACUACUACUCAGAGAGAGAAGGACUUCAGGAUAUUGUCAUUGGAAUCAUCAAAACGGUAGCUCAACAAAUACAUGGCACUGAAAUAGACAUGAAGGUUAUUCAGCAAAGAAAUGAAGAAUGCGAUCACACUCAAUUUUUAAUUGAAGAAAAAGAGUCAAAAGAAGAGGAUUUUUAUGAAGAUCUUGACAGAUUUGAAGAGAAUGGUACCCAGGAAUCACGCAUCAGCCCAUAUACUUUCUGCAAAGCUUUUCCUUUUCACAUAAUAUUUGAUCAGGACCUAGUGGUCACUCAGUGUGGCAAUGCCAUAUACAGAGUGCUUCCCCAGUGUCCUAUCAGAGGGUGUCCUAUCAGAAUCCAGGCUUUUACUGUGCAAAUGACACUGGUGCUCUAUGAAAGGGACAGCAGAAAUGCUAAAGGCAUUCCCAGCAGGUCUUACAGUGGCGCUCUCCUAAUCCUGCCAAACAGAUUGCUGUAUUCUGUCCUGCCUCCGUCCGUUGCCAAUGAGCUGCGACAUAAGCGUCCUGUGCCUGCCAAAAGAUAUGACAAUGUGACCAUCCUCUUCAGUGGCAUUGUGGGCUUCAACGCUUUCUGUAGCAAGCACGCAUCUGGAGAAGGGGCCAUGAAGAUUGUCAACCUUCUCAACGACCUCUACACCAGAUUUGACACACUGACGGAUUCUCGGAAAAAUCCAUUUGUUUAUAAGGUGGAGACUGUUGGUGACAAGUAUAUGACAGUGAGUGGUUUACCAGAGCCAUGCAUCCACCAUGCACGAUCCAUCUGCCACCUGGCCUUGGACAUGAUGGAAAUUGCUGGCCAGGUUCAAGUUGAUGGUGAAUCUGUUCAGAUAACAAUAGGGAUACACACUGGAGAGGUAGUUACAGGUGUCAUAGGACAGCGGAUGCCUCGAUAUUGUCUUUUUGGAAAUACCGUGAACCUCACAAGCAGAACGGAAACCACAGGAGAAAAGGGAAAAAUAAAUGUGUCUGAAUAUACAUAUAGAUGUCUUAUGUCUUCAGAAAAUUCAGAUCCACAAUUCCAUUUGGAGCACAGAGGCCCAGUAUCUAUGAAGGGCAAAAAAGAACCAAUGCAAGUUUGGUUUCUGUCCAGAAAAAAUACAGGAACAGAGGAAACAAAGCUGCCUGAUAACUGACUCUGGGAUUGUGC